ACGACAGCCCAGUUCGCCGAGCUCCUGCACAACGCAGUCCCAGCUAGGCGGCUAGCCGCGCACCAACAUUUUCUCUCGCUUGAACAGUCUCAUGAUCCGCCGCGUUUGGUGCCACUGUGCUUCAACAACACGUAGCAUUUACGUUCGCUCUUUGCCUCAAAGUCUGUGAGAGCUUGUGAAGAUGGUAAAGCCAGACAUCCAUACUCUGGCCCAUCAUCUGAAGCAGGAGCGGCUUUACGUGGCAUCGGAGAAGCAGCUGAUCCAGAGACUCAACAGUGAUGUCCUGAAGACAGCCGAGAGGCUAUACCGGGCCGCCUGGAUUGCCAAGCAACAGCGGAUCAACCUCGAUCGGCUCAUUCUCACCAGUGUGGAAGCCUCUCCAGCUGAAUGCUGCCAACAUGCCAAAAUGCUUGAAGACACGCAGUUUGUCGAUGGCUACAAGACUCUGGGCUUCCAUGAGACUGUCUAUGGUGAGUUCCUGGCCCGGUUGAGGGAGAACCCAAGGCUUGUGGCGUCGUGCCUCGUGACAGGGGAGAGGCUGAACCAGGAGCACGCUCAGGGGGUCAUCCACACUGUCUUCACCUCACUUUAUGGCAAUUGUAUCAUGCAGGAGGACGAGAGCUACUUGUUACAGGUGUUGCGCUACCUAGUAGAGUUCGAGCUAAAGGAGAGCGACAACCCUCGGCGGCUUCUACGACGAGGCACAUGUGCCUUCAGCAUCCUUUUCAAGCUGUUCUCCGAGGGCCUGUACUCAGCCAAACUCUUCCUCACUGCCACCCUCCACGAACCCAUCAUGCAGUUGUUGGUGGAAGACGAGGACCACCUGGAGACAGACCCAGGCAAAGUGACUGAGCGCCUGACUCCAGUCCAGCAGGAGCGCUUUGGAGAGAAGGGCUCUGAGGGCUACAAGCAAAGAGUACAGGCAGCUGUUGAGACCAAUGAAGCAAAGUUAGUUGCGCUGGUCAACAAGUUUAUUGGUUAUUUGAAGCAGAACACCUACUGCUUUCCCCAUAGCCUGCGAUGGAUUGUGUCGCAGAUGUACAAGACGCUAUCAUGCGUGGAAGGUCUUGAGUUGGGAGAGGUGCGCACUAUGUGUACCGAUCUUCUGCUGACGUGCUUCAUCUGUCCAGCAAUUGUUAACCCGGAACAAUAUGGAAUCAUCUCAGAUGCCCCCAUUAAUGAAGUGGCUCGCUUCAAUUUAAUGCAGGUUGGCCAGCUUUUGCAGCAGUUGGCGAUGGCUGAUGAUGAUGCAGACCCUAGACGGAAAAGCUGUUUGUCCAAAUUUGAUAAAAGUUGUGUCGCAUCUUUUCUGGAUGUGGUGAUCGGUGGAAGAGCAGUUGAAACGCCACCGAUGUCCUCAAUGAACCUUCUUGAAGGCCUAAGCAGGACUGCAGUCUAUGUUACGCAUCAUCAGCUGAUAGCAUUGGUGGACUUUGUGCGUAGUGUCAUGGCUGGAGACCACCUACGUGAGGAGGAGCACAUGGCCUUGGAAACCCUGUUGGCUAAUGUGCCCCAAUCACAAACGGGGAAGAGCAACAGUCUGGAACUCACUCCUUCCAACACCCCCCAGCUCUCCCCUGCUAGCACUCCUGCUAAUAAGAAGAACAGACUCCCCAUAGGACAACACUUAGCCGCUAUAACAUCCUGGGACCCUACAACCUCCUCCCUGUCUGCCCAUAUUCCAUUAGUAACUCCUUUCGCAGCUGCUCGGAGCCGCAGCCGUACCAACAUAGCCCAGGAGGGGGAGGCAGAGGCUAGCUCCCAAGAGUUACUGCAGGAGCUGAUGCCAGAAGAGGUGCUCGUGAUCUCGUUAGGAAAUGGUCCUCAGACAGUCCCUGGAAUGAUGUCAGAGAAUGAGGUUUUGAACUUGCAGAUGGCUGAUGCUGGCCAAGGCGACGGCCAUGCGGACGACACAAAGCUGCAUGGAAAACCGGACAAAACGCUGCGCUUUUCACUCUGCAGUGACAACUUGGAAGGCAUCUCUGAGGGUCCGUCUAAUCGUUCUAAUUCAGUAUCGUCUCUUGACCUGGAGGGCGAGUCUGUUUCCGAGCUGGGAGCUGGACCUUCAGGGAGCAACGGGGUGGAGGCUCUCCAGCUUUUGGAGCACGAACAAGCCACCACUCAGGACAACUUGGAUGAUAAACUGCGCAAGUUUGAGAUCAGAGACAUGAUGGGCUUGACGGAGGAUCGGGACAUCUCUGAGACGGUCAGUGAGACCUGGAGCACCGAUGUGCUUGGCAGUGACUUUGACCCCAACAUGGAUGAAGAUAGGCUGCAGGAAAUUGCAGGGGCAGCUGCAGAGAACAUGCUCGGCAGCCUGCUGUGCCUCCCGGGAUCAGGCUCAGUGCUGCUGGACCCCUACGGCUCCACAAUCUCAGAGACCACAAGCGAGGCGUGGAGCGUGGAGGUCCUGCCAAGUGAUUCAGAAGCCCCAGAUUUGAAACAGGAGGAACGGCUUCAGGACCUUGAGAGCUGCUCAGGGGUCGGUAGCACCUCAGACGAUACAGAAGUCCGGGAGGUCAGCUCGAGACCAAGCACUCCUGGCCUCAGUGUCGUCUCAGGCAUCAGUGCAACCUCAGAAGACAUCCCCAACAAAAUAGAGGAUCUGCGCUCAGAGUGCAGCUCAGACUUUGGAGGGAAGGACUCUGUGACCAGUCCAGAUGGAGAGGAGUCAGGCCACGGAGCCCACCAUCUGACUUCACCAGCCUCACAAGCUGAUUCCUUAUUGGUCAUGUUUGAUCCCCUCUCCUGUGGCGAAGGUUCCACCACUGGAACAAUAGUGAGGCCCAAAGUGCACUAUGCCAGGCCUGCACACCCACCCCCGGAUCCCCCCAUCCCUGAAGCCAGCGCCCUGGGGCAGGAGACACGCCACCCUCUCAGCGUGCCCCACAGCCUGGCACAGGCUGAGUUUGAGCUCAGCAAGCAGCGCCACUCCUUCCCUGACCGACUGGUCCGUAGUCGCAGCUCUGACAUCGUGUGCCCGGGCCGUCGACCCACGAGUGACCCUGGGCUGAAUCGCCGUGUCGCGGUUGAAGAGCGCGACUCUGCCGGAGCCUUCGCUUUGGGACCGUCCUCGUCGCCCAGCAAGGACUCCUUGAAAGGAGAGGUCGAGGACAGAAAAGACAGUGAUGAUGAGAAGUCUGAUCGUAACAGGCCAUGGUGGAAGAAGCGUUUCGUGUCGGCCAUCCCGAAAGCUCCUAUAGCUGCAUUUAGGAAACGAGACAAGCAUGAGAAAGAUGAUAUUGCUCCGGAGCGAAUCCCACAAGAUGACCCUUUGCCCAGACAAAGCUCCCAAGUCCAGGCAGCUGAAGACAUCCUGGACAAGUACAGAAACAUAAAGAGAACCAGCCCGAGUGAUGGAGCCACAGCAGGAGCGGCUUUUGAGGGUGCCGGAGAUAUUUGUGUUGAGGAAAGUGUUCAUGGCUCUCCAAGAGAAGAUGCUCUGCACAACAUUUCUACUGACGACCUCCCAGAUUCAGCCAGUCAGACGGCCCAGCAGCAUGGCUCAAAGUUCUCUUUCAGUGAUGCCAAGAAAAAGUUGCGGUUGGCAUUGUGCUCUGCAGACUCAGUGGCUUUGCCUAUCCUGACGUCUGCAACCACGAGAAAUGGUUUGCCUGACCACAUGGACCCAGAAGACAAUGAGAUCGUGUGCUUCCUGAAGGUCCAGUUAGCAGAGGCCAUCAACCUCCAGGACAAGAACCAGAUGGCCCAGAUCCAGGAGACUACACGUUGCGUCAGCCGUUUCGACCCUCGCACCUGCAGGAAGCUGCUGGCUGCCAUUGCGGAGGAUUACAGAAAGCGGGCUCCUUACAUAGCCUAUUUAACGAGGUGCCGCCAGGGCCUGCAGACCUCCCAGGCCCAUCUGGAGAGGCUCCUCCAGAGAGUUCUGAGAGACAAAGAGGUAGCCAACCGCUAUUUCACCACAGUGUGUGUUCGCCUCCUUCUUGAGCACAUGGAGUCCAGGAUGCUUGACUUCAUCAAGGCAUUCCAAGUGUGCACGGCAGCAGAUGACAAGACUGCAGCGGUGGAGGAUUUUCUGCGCUACUUGUACGGCGCCAUGGCCCGUGAUGCCAUUUGGCAGUAUGCGAGCGAGGACCAGCUGCAGGACGCCCAAAUGGCCAUCGAGCGCAGCGUUAUGAACCGCAUCUUCAAGCUGGCCUUUUACCCCAACCAAGAUGGAGACAUUCUCAGAGAUCAGCUUCUCCAUGAACAUAUCCAGCGGCUGUCCAAAGUUGUGACUGCUAAUCAUAAAGCACUUCAAAUCCCAGAGGUUUACUUGAAGGAGGCUCCCUGGCCGUCUGCACAGUCUGAGAUCAAGACCAUCAAUGCCUACAAGACACCCAGAGACAAAGUCCAGUGUAUACUGCGCAUGUGUUCCACCAUCAUGAACCUCCUCAGUCUGGCUAAUGAAGACUCUGUCCCUGGAGCGGAUGACUUUGUUCCCGUUCUCGUCUUUGUCCUCAUCAGGGCCAACCCGCCUUGCCUGCUGUCCACCGUUCAGUACAUCAAUAAUUUCUACGCCAGCCGGCUGAGUGGGGAGGAGUGCUAUUGGUGGAUGCAGUUCACGGCGGCGGUGGAAUUCAUUAAGACCAUCGACGAUCGCAAGUGAAGCAGAACAGCCACCUGUAUGGGCAGACUGUGGGGGAAGGAGCCGGGAGACUGGGAACCUUCCCAACCAACUGCUCCCUCUGCACGACUUUGGAAAGCUGGCCCUCAGCCUGCUCGUCGCGUGUAUAGCUUGUACAUAGCCACAGACGCUCAAAGAUGACAGAAUAUAUAUUACUGUUCAUAUGUGGACAAAUCCAGGUUUUGGCCGUGGUGGGAAAACGGCGAUGGGGAAAAUUUGCAACAUGAUAACCUUGAACUUGAUUUGGGUUUUUUCUUUUUAAUCUUUUCUCAUGUUUCACUUUUUUGGGUGUGUGUAUUAGGCAUUUUUUAUUCAAGCAAAAACACAAAUGUGGAAUUAAAUCAACCUAAAUGAUAAACCUAUUUAAAGGGACCAGCAUUAGUUGGCGUGAUCAUCUCAUUUUAUUGCCCCUGAGAGUGGGAGGAAAGUAGUUUCAAUUACCCUACAUUAAAUUGUUUAUUAAAAGCACUGUAACCGGCGACGAGAUUCAGUGACUCUCUCCAACGUGAAUUCCCAUUAAUCUACCACUCUGUGCGGUUAGUGAGUCAGACUAUAUGGCAGCUUGUUUAAGGUCACGCUUGACCCAUAUGUGUGUCAGACGAUUAUUUAGACACAAGGACCCACAUAUUUAUUCUAUAAUUCCUUGUAAUGCUUUAAGUCACUGUUUCAAACAUACAUAUCAUGCCCAUUCGGAGGCAAGGAAUGCUGUCCUGACGAACGUGCGAGAAAAAGUGAGGAAGGCGCCCGAUUGGGUGCUGAGGAUAUACAGGGUUGGCAUUAAAGAUACUCUAUAUUGAAAACUGUGCCUUUAUGUGGGGCGCCCUGUACGGUUUACAAUUAGUUUCCUUGCGUAGACGACAUGCCCCCAUACCAGCGUGCGCGCGCACACACAAUUAUCACUGGGCCAACUGCAUUUAACACAUCUUUCACGUUACUGAUUGCCAAGACUCAGUCACUUUAAUGCACUUGAAUUUGAACAAAUGUUCCCCUUUGCCCGUAGGAGUGUUAUCUGUCUGCUUACACUGACUGCUGCGUUGGUGAAUGACACGACCGCAUCGCUUCUGCGAGGGUCAAAGCCGUCUCUUAGAAUUGCAUUUGGUAGCACUUUUUCUUAAUUUAAGUGAGCAAAGUUAUUUUAUGUGAUCACCUGAUUGGAACUCCGCUCUCUACCUCCUCAUGCAUUCAAGAAAGGGACAGACGGGCAAGUGCGCACUUAUUUAUUUUCCUCGUUUGGCCCGGGUUGUGUGCACUGGUGUGCCAUGUGUAAUUAUAGUUUUGCGCAGCCAUUACUUGACCUAUUGUCAAUGAGCUGACAGCACAAUACACAUUAAAUAAGGAAAGCAAAUAAUCGACACUGUUCACUUGUUACUUACUGCCUUUCAGUUUGUGCUCUUUACCGUCGGUGCGUGUUCUUUGUCCAGCGGGCGUGCGAGAGGGGUGGGGGUGUGAUCGAUUGACCCGCCGGCCCCUCUUGCAUGAAGUCACUGAGUAGUCGCCAUAAGGAGUCACUACCUGCAAUAGGCCAGUGAGUGACCCUGCCAGAGGAUACGAAACACUAUGAUUUCUUUUGCACAAAACAUGCAUGUUCCUUAAAUAAAUUGAGAGGAAGUAGGCAAUUUUGAGACCUGACUGUUAUUUUAACGUGAACUUCCAAGCGGUUUCAGUCUACAGUGGCUCAUGAACCUUACGUACGCUUUCUUGCAGUCUGUAAUCAAUUCCAAAAGAAGCAGCCACUGGAAAAUCAACUUAAUAGGUUGCAUCUUUACUAAUUGGGUUCAUGGGAAAGACACUGCACAAAUCUCCAAAGCAGCUACUGUCUAAAUGGCCUAAUUUGGGAUCAAUAUAUAUAUAUAAAAAGAUAAAUAUGUAAACUUUUUUUCUUUUUAAAAACUGUUGUUCCUUAAAGAUUUAUCACUCUGCUUCCUGUGCAAUAGAGCUGAAUGGCUGAGUAGAAAAAACACCUUGCAUCGAAUUUGAAAUGUAUUUGUAAGCUUGCUCAACUAUGACAUGCAGGGACACGGUUUGUCUUUACUGUGAUUAAUGCGUUAAUUAAUGUAAUUCUUUAGAAACAAUAAAAGAACCUGGUGUUUCCCCCCC